AUGGCGUUCCCCAAAGCUAUACCUGAUUGGAACAAUCUUAAAGUGAUUCACAAGAAUACUCUUCCACCGCGGGCGCACUUCUACAGCUACGCUUCAGAGGAACAGGCCCUCACCUUCAACCGCGACAAGAGCGAAUAUGUUUCGCUAAAUGGCACGUGGAAAUUUCGGCACGAUGCCUCUCCUCUCGAGGCACCUGACUGGUCAACCACGAAUCCCUUAAGCUGGGAUGACAUUAAAGUCCCAGGAAUGUGGCAGCUCCAAGGGUAUUCCCAUCCGACCUACACCAACGUCAACUAUCCAUUCCAUGUGAAUCCUCCUCAAGUGCCACUCCUCAAUGAGACUGGAUCCUACUGGAGGCAGUUUGUAACUCCUUCUACAUGGAAAGGCCAGCAGAUUCGCAUCCGCUUUGAAGGCGUUGACAGUGCUUUUCAUCUCUGGGUGAACGGAGAAGAAGUUGGGUACUCUCAGGGUGCACGCAACCCUAGCGAGUUUGACAUCACAUCCCUUCUCAAACCAUCCGGGGCUGUGAACACUAUCGCAGUGCGCGUGUAUGAGUUCUGUGAUGGCUCGUAUAUCGAGCGGCAAGAUCAGUGGCUUCUCAGCGGCAUAUUCCGAGAUGUUGGCUUGCUAGCACUUCCGCUGGACUCAGUGGUUGACUUCGACGCUGUUGCAACGCUUAGCGAAGACUUUUCUAUAGGCCAGCUACUCACUAAGGUCAAAAUACAGGGACAAGAUGCCGAUGUGCAGGCCAAGUUAUACCGACCAGAUGGCACACUACUCAAGAAAGUGACAUUCGUUUCUAAAGAAUCCGGUCGUAUCAAUGUGUCUGGUGAUGAUUUGAAGCUGUGGUCUGCUGAAGAUCCCGUUCUCUAUACCCUGACUCUCUCCUUCAAUGGCCGUACAAUUCCGCAGCGCGUUGGAUUCCGACGCAUUGAGCAAAAAGGAGCAAACUUCUUGGUCAACGGCAAACCCAUAAUUAUAUAUGGCAUGAACCGCCACGAGCAUCACCAUCUUCACGGUCGCGCAGUGCCGUAUGAAAAUAUGCGAGCAGACCUCAUUUUGAUGAAGCAGCACAACAUUAACGCUUUGAGAUGCUGUCAUCAACCCAAUGACCCCAGACUAUACGAAGUUUGCGAUGAACUUGGUCUUUACGUGAUGGCAGAGGCGGAUCUUGAAGCUCACGGCUUUGACCCUGUGGAGCGAUCCAAAAUUCCCAAUCAGCAUCUUAUGACCGAUCGCGAACUCCAAGAAACUUCAUACAAAAUGGCUACGAAGUGGACGUCUGACAAUCUAGAAUGGAAGGAUGCUUAUCUUGAUCGUGCUGUCGAGCUUGUGCAACGCUUCAAGAACUUCCCUUGUAUUAUCAUGUGGUCGCUUGGAAACGAGGCAUUCUACGGCCAGAACCACGCUAGCAUGUACAAGUGGAUUAAAGAGGCUGACCCAACACGACUUGUCCACUAUGAGGGUGACCGCGAGGCUAUCAGCGCUGAUUUGUACUCCACCAUGUACUUCAGUAUCGACGAUCUCAAAAAGCACAUCAGCGAGAAACCUGACAGACCUCUGAUUCAGUGCGAGUAUGGACAUGCCAUGGGCAAUGGUCCAGGUGGGUUGAAAGAAUACAUCGAGGCUUAUCGCACCGAAAAGCUGCUUCAAGGCGGUUUCAUCUGGGAAUGGUGUAAUCAUGGCCUUCUCAAGAGGGAUGGGGAUACUUCGUACUACGCGUACGGUGGUGACUUUGGCGACGAGCCUAAUGAUGCAGACUUCAUUCUCGAUGGAAUGGUAUUUUCGGACCACACACCUACCCCAGGGUUCACGGAAUACAAAAAGGCAAUUGAGCCAGUCACUGUCACACUCGAGGGUGGCUCCCUGGAAGUGGUGAACCACUACGAUUUUAACACCCUCGAUCACCUGUUCAUCUCAUGGCACAUUGUCAAGGAGACUGGAAACACCGAACCAGUACCUUGGCAAAUUCCCCAAAUUAAGGCGGGAGAAUCCAAGGUGCUCGAUCUGCCUAAGGGUGUGACCUUGGGGUCGGAUGCGAGCUGGCUCACCAUUAACUUCGUACUCAAAAACGCCACAUCCUGGGCACCUCAGGGACAUGAGAUUGCUUGGGCGCAGAUUCCCUUGUUCGAGGACCAGAAACUAGAAAUCCCUCCAACCAUUACUUCCACACAAUCGCCACUAUCUGUUCAGGAGGGACCUGGCAGGCUAUAUAUCAACUCAAAUAGCUUCACCUCUCACUUCACCUACGACCUCAUCAGAGGCGAUCUAUCGUGGUCAACGGAGGCAGGCAAGAUCUUCAACAGCGGACCACAGCUCGGAAUUUACCGAGCCUUGACGCAAAAUGACGUCGGAUUUGUUGGGCCUCAUAUUGAAUGGGAGCGCUUCCGUGUGAAAAGCAGUCGUAUGAUGGUCCAAUCCGCCAACUGGGGCAUAAACAAGAAAGAUGGAAGCGUAAUCAUCACCACAAAAGUCCGGGUUGGACCGACCGUGCUAGAAUGGGCAUUCGAGGCAAUCCUCACCUACACUAUUACGGAGACAUCCGUGACUCUGCAUGUCAAGGGUGACUUCACAGGCACGCACCCAAAAUACAUCCCAAGAAUCGGCCUCACACUCCGUCUUCCACGGCAAUAUGAUGCUGCCACAUGGUUUGGCAGAGGCCCCGGAGAAUCCUAUCGUGACACCAAGGCUGCUGCGCGGUUCGGGACGUACACAGCAUCUCUUUCGAGUGGCCUUGAGACGCCGUAUGAAUGGCCUCAGGAGAAUGGUAAUCGUAUUGAUACACGCUGGGUGAGUGUUCACUCUGCGCCGGCGGAUGAGUCCUAUGCCGCCUCGGCUGGGGCAGUUGCGCCUAUUCCGGAGAUUAAGGCAUCUAUGGAUACGCCGUUCAGUUUCUCUCUUCGCAAGUAUGCGACGAUGGAGCUUGACCGCGCGAAGCACCCGCACGAGCUCUCGGAGUUGGAAAAUGAGACUGAGCUCAAUGUUGACCUUGCACAUCAUGGAAUUGGAACGGCAAGCUGUGGACCUGGUGCUUUUGAGGGUCAUAGACUUGAGGCUGGGCCGUUUGAGUUCACCACCACCUUUAGUCUUGUUGGUUCCAAAAAGGACUGA